AGCACUGAGCCCGAGUUGUUGUCGAUUCUUGCCACGGAUAAUUUUUUUUGCCGAGUUUCAUGUUUUAAUAAAAUUGAUGAACUGAAUGAUGAUGACACAUUUAUCUGCAUUCGAUAUCAGCCACGACUUAUCCAGUUCAAGGAAUGCUGAUGAUGAAUAUAGCAAUAUUAGUCACAGACUGGUGACAUCUCUAAGUCUUCCUUAGUAGAGACACUAGUCCUCAACAGCUGGAAAACUUGUUAACAUUCCUCUACGUUGCUGAGAAACUUUGCUGAAUCUGCUUUGUUUGAUAAAAAGCCUGACGAAGGCCAUCGUUGUUUUCAUUCAUAAGGAAGUCAGUCAACAUUGCCGGGAGGUUGUCUAACUUGUAGUGAUGGGUCGUGAGGUAAGGCAGAGGAGGUAACGGUUGGUGGACAUGACUAGUCCUCUAAGGCAGCGAGGUGAUCAAGGAAUGCGACUUGGGAAUCCAAGUGUGACCCUCUCCACCUGUGACCCAAAGCAUCCGACCCUCCUGCAGCCGAAAGGCGAGGGCUCGCACUGGGAAAGCAGCAUGUUCCACAAACAGAACCUAAGUGAUGAACUUUUGCCGCGGAUGACCGGAGAUCCAUCAGCGACGGCUCCAAGGAUGUCACACCUUGGAGUAGGACAUGUUAACACAAGCUCCAAAAGCAUGGAUGGGUUGAAUUCAAAUCAGGGGGGUCUGUCCGCUGAACAUCCAACAUUUGCACGGACGAGGCAGUAUCGUAGUAUGUCUAAUGAGGAUAUGAAAACUCAAAUGCUGCCACCAAAGCGUUUGCCAGGAGAACCAACCAAUUACAUGGAAGCCGCAGCAGCAGAAUUGCAGUCUGGGAAGGGAUCCAGUAUCAUUGAUAACCUGAUGAAAGAGUAUAGGAGUGGGAACCUUUAUGCCCGUCAACCAGCAGAUUUAUUAUUACCUAGUGCCAAAGAAGACCCUACACAAAUGAAGACUGACCUUUCCCUUCAUAGAGAGAACAGUGCCCCUCAGCUUAGUGCCUCAAGAGAGUGGCAAAUGAAAUCUCCUCCAGAAUACCCAGGACAUUCAAGGUUUGCACAGAACUUUGAUCUUACGCCAUCCAGCACGCCUCGUGCAUCAUCCCCACUGUCUCUUAUGUCAGACAUGGACUUUCCGACCGCCAGGAGCAAUCGCAGUAUGUUCAGUUCCAGGGACUCAUCCGUGUUUGGAGAUUUUGAUACUGGCCUGAGCACUAGGAGUCGAGGAAGGGUCCAUUCACCCUUCUCGACGAUGAAGACUGACUUUGAGAAAGGAGCGCCCCCUCCGGAAUAUCCAGGAUUUAAGCGAACGCCAUGGCAGAGCCAUUCAGGGCGGGAGUUCCGAUCGAGAAAAGAGAGUGCGACGGUGGACCAUAGUCGCGCCUCCAGUUUUGGAUCCUAUCAGCAUUCCUUGAACUUGAAGAGGCUGUCCUCGGAGACUAGUUAUGACAGCAGCAGAGCAAGGUAGGCUCCUCAUAAUCUCCAUUCUAUGCACGUUCCGGAGCUCCCCUUCCUACGCGUACCUCGCUACGUGCCUCCUGCAUUGAUAACAGCAUGUCCCCUGAAUCAGCAUGAAUUCACUAAUCAGGAAUAUUACCUGCAUACUGUAUUUCUAACAUUGUUUGUGGGAGAUGCAGAGAGAGAAGAGAGAAGAGAAGACAAGAGGAUGAUGAAGAGGGGAGGAAAAAUGAAUCGGGGCUAUUUUGAGGAGGACAGAAACCGAGAGAGAUUCUUUGUAGUAAAUGCCAAUGACAUCUUAACUAUAAACAAACAAUAACUAUACAUGUGUAACAACAAAUUAGCUCAAAACAAAAUCAUUGCAUGCAUUAUCAUGUAAUGGAACUACAAGACUACAUUAUGACCCAAUGCGUUAUGGAAAUUUUCAUUUUACUCUAAUUGUAUGCACUUUGUCUUUUUUAUUUUGAUUUUUACCAAUUACCAUCAAUUCAAACCAUCAAGAAUUAUUGCCUGAUGUUGCUAUUUUUAUUCAUUCAAUCAGUACUAAAAUUUUCUCUCUUUAUAUUCAGCACACAUAACCUGCAUGCAUUACCACUGGAAAUGCAGUUCACGGGAAGUGUAUGAUUUGCAUGAGUUAUUUUUUUCUAAUUCUAUACUUUCUUCUCAAGCAGAUGUCAAAGUAUUUUAAUUGCAUUCUCUAUACAAUAAUAAUUUGGACACAAUUUUUUUUGGUGGCAUAUUUGGAGUCUUUUCUCAGUUAUCAGAAUUCCCUUCCCAUGAGAUGUACUGUAUCUUCCCACAAUUUCAUGCAAUUUCCUUCAAGAGGAAACUGCAAUACAAUCAUCUUUAUUUGAAGUAUAGAGGAACAAAAAAAGUGUUACAACCAGAGACUGGGACCAUACUAUAAACACAAUAUGUCAAGAGCUACAUUUAGCUGUUCCAUUUGCAAGAUAUAUCCGACUCCACGUUUGGAAUAGCUACACAACGUUUGGCUAUUUCUCCAAGUUUAGAAUAUUUCAGAUUCCAUGUGCAGAGUACAAUAUAUCAUCCAAGAGGAAAAGUACAUUUUCUAUUUCCUCCAGUCUUGGAAUUUAUAUCACACGCACAUUACAUGUGAAUAAACUAAAGUCAAAUGCAUGAUCCUGCAGAAAAGUGCCUUUAUUUCCUCCAGUUUUGGAAUAUCAAGUCUAGAACGCACUGCGGUCUUCGUACAGAUGCAGAGUAUGAUAUUUCCCCCUCUGGGAAAACAACAAUCAUCUUUUUCCUCCAGUUUUGAAUAUUUCCUCAAAAUUUUGAAUAUUUCCUCAAAGGAGAGAUUACUUCCUCAAAGUACAGAAUAUUUCCUCAAAGUUUAGAAUAUUUUCUACCACAACUUAAUAACUUUUAUCAAAGUUCAGAGAGUAUUUUGGGGCAUUAUAAAUUUCUGAGUACUGUAGGAACAAACCUAUAAACCUUGCAUUUCAAUUGCAUUGCUUGCCAUGUGAACAUUUUGCAUGCUUUCCUUUUGAAUAGUCUGCCAGCUCCAUUGAUUUUCCACAAUGUUAUGGUAUUGCCCCUUGUAUGAUCUCUCUAUGCAUUGCUAUUUAAUCAUUAAAAAUGUUUCUAAGCGACAGCAAAGUUGAAGGACAUGCUAGGUUAUAUGUUAACAUGAUGACAUAGCACCUUGUUAUACCUUAAUGUUACCUUUUCCAAUGAUGUGUCUUUAUUAUCUACAGAAACACAAUCUUUUGACAAUAAUCGUCUGUAGCAUGACAGACAUGACAGUGCAUAGAUUAUGACAUAGCCCCUUUUAUAUAAAUAAUUAUAUAUUUUUCCUUUUCCUAAUUUUGUGAUAAUUGUUAACAUUUCUCAGCAACAUUAUAAUUUGACAAAUGAUCAUAAUAAUGAUAAUAAUGAUAAUAUAGGUAUAUUUAUCCAGGGAAGUCAUUUCAGUUCUGAAAACUGUUCUCCCAGCGGGCCCUGCUUUUAUUUUUGCCCGGCUUUAGCUGGGCUGCCUAGGCGCUCAAGCAUUCAAGGAAUUUCUUCCUACAGGGUACCCAUUCACCUCACCUGGGUUGAGUGCAGCACAACGUGGAUAAAUUUCUUGCUGAAGGAAAUUACGCCAUGGCUGAGAUUUGAACCCACGACCCUCUGUUUCAAAGUCAGAAGACUAAUCCACUUGGCCCCAACGCUCAUCAUCUAUAGUUUGGGGCAUAGACGAUGACAUACAUGUAGCCACUUGUAUCUACCCGUAUUUUACUUUUUGCUCUGUUUUCAUUAUUAAUCACUGUCUCUAAUAUUGCAAUGUUACCAUUUGUAGCUCUCUGACAUG